AUGGUAGCAGGCCACUGGACGGGCUUCUGGGUUGGGUACGAAGGCUUCGGCCAGACGGGCCUCUGGGUUGGGUACGAAGGCUUCGGCCAGACGGGCCUCUGGGUUGGGUACGAAGGCUUCGGCCAGACGGGCUUCUGGGUUGGGUACGAAGGCUUCGGCCAGACGGGCCUCUGGGUUGGGUACGAAGGCUUCGGCCAGACGGGCCUCUGGGUUGGGUACGAAGGCUUCGGCCAGACGGGCCUUUGCGUUGGGUACGAAGGCUUCGGCCAGACGGGCCUCUGGGUUGGGUACGAAGGCUUCGGCCAGACGGGCCUUUGCGUUGGGUACGAAGGCUUCGGCCAGACGGGCCUCUGGGUUGGGUACGAAGGCUUCGGCCAGAUGGGCCUCUGGGUUGGGUACGAAGGCAUCGGCCAGACGGGCCUCUGGGUCGGAGGCCAGGCGGGCUUCUGGAUCGUCUUUUCCCAGGUACCUUGA